CAGGAAGUGCUGUUGCGUCUCUGUCUGUAGAUGAGACGAGGAGGGAAGAAAAAUACAAUAAAAAGGACCACGGAUAAUGCAACGCCAAAUAAACACACAGAGAAAGCAUACUUCCACAUUUGACCGAUACAGGGAAACGGAGCUGGUUGUGAUCGAUUGGGGAACGAGGAAUUGACCAGAUCACUGUGACCUACAGUCCACACCCAUAAAAUCCUCAGCCUUCGUCAGAGAAUACGAGAACACAUCUAACUUACGAACGCAAAUAUGAACACUCAUGAAUCGGAGGUGUACACGGUGGCGCCGGAGAUGCCAGCAAUGUUUGACGGCAUGAAGUUGGCGGCGGUGGCCACCGUUCUCUACGUCAUCGUUCGGUGUCUAAACUUGAAAAGUCCCACGGCUCCGCCGGACCUCACUUACCAGGAUACAGCACUUAACCUCUUCCUGCUCAAGUCCUGUCCUGUUCUGACCAAAGAGUACAUUCCUCCUCUACUAUGGGGUAAAAGUGGUCAUCUGCAGACAGCCCUCUAUGGAAAGUUGGGUCGGGUCAGUUCACCACACCCGUUCGGCCUGCGCAAAUAUCUGCCCAUGCAGGACGGAGCCACGGCAACUUUUGACCUCUUUGAACCCCUGGCGGGUCAUCAGUCCAGAGAGGAUGUCACCACGGUCAUCUGUCCUGGCAUUGGGAACCACAGUGAGAAGCACUAUAUCCGCACAUUUGUGGACUAUUCACAGAAACAGGGCUACCGCUGUGCUGUGCUCAAUCACCUCGGGGCCUUGCCGAACAUUGAGCUUACCUCUCCUCGCAUGUUCACCUACGGUUGUACAUGGGAGUUUGCAGCAAUGGUGGGCUUCAUCAAAAAGACGUAUCCCCAGACCAAACUUAUCGUGGUGGGCUUCAGUCUGGGGGGGAAUAUCGUGUGCAAGUUCCUGGGAGAGAACCGUACCAACCAGGAGCGGGUUCUGUGCUGUGUUAGUGUGUGCCAGGGCUACAGUGCACUAAGGGCUCAGGAGACGUUUCUGCAGUGGGACCAGUGCCGUCGUUUCUAUAACUUCCUGAUGGCCGACAACAUGAAGAAGAUAAUUUUGUCUCACAGGAGCGUGUUAUUCGGUGUGGGCUCCACUAAAAUGGUGGACACGGAUCUGAGCCGGCUCUACACUGCCACAUCUCUCAUGCAGAUCGAUGAUAACAUCAUGAGAAAAUUCCAUGGGCACAACUCUCUGAAGGAGUACUACGAGAAGGAGAGCUGUGUUCAUUACAUUCAUAACAUAAAUGUGCCUCUUCUGCUGGUGAACUCUGGUGACGAUCCGCUCGUGCACAACUCACUGCUCACCAUUCCUCGCACACUCGCAGAAAAGAAAGAAAACGUGAUCUUCGCUCUGACUCUGCACGGUGGACACCUGGGUUUCUUCGAGGGCGCUGUGCUGUUCCCUCAACCCCUCACCUGGAUGGACAAGGUCAUCGUGGGCUACGCCAAUGCCAUCUGCCAGUGGGAGAAACAGAAACCACCGUGCCAAAGUCAAGGCGCCCAUUCCAGCGAAACCAAAUGCCAAGACAGUACAUCCUAACCGAGCCUGUCUCUGUUUCUCCUCCACCGUGACAUUUUCACCACGUACUCGAGGGGUCGGACCACCAUCUUCAAGCAUUCACUGUCAGUGGGAAUAUUUGUUUCUCUUUUUUAUCACGGUUUAUCACCAACAUGAAUCGUAACGACUUUCCAAGGGAGAAAACAAUGCCACUCGAUGACCAAAAAACAAUCAAGUAACCUGUGUAGCGAGGGCGGCGUUUUAGAUUUACUGUAGUUUGUAGUUAAGAUAAAAUCAGUAUCUCUUGCUCUCUAAUUAGGACACUGAAAACUGAAAGUUUAUCACUGCUAAACAGGAUCUAGCAGAACUGGGUGAAUCUCACAAAAAUCAAAAAGGGUGGAAAAAAUAGUAUUUUUAGAAAAUAUUAAAAGCUAAUAUUUUGCAUAAACAAAAAGAAGCCUAUUUUUGAGACAAUUAAAAUAUUCAGCAUAUUCAGCAUAAAUGUAAGCACAUUUUUCCCCUUUUCUUUUCUUUUUUUGGUAAAUUUCAGUUGUUUGUUGGGGUGAUUUUUCUUUUUUUUUUCAGUGGUGCGUCUCAUGCUUUUACUGUGUUGCACAAAUAAAAUAUCUAUUUGUAAUACAAUAAUCUAAAUCACCAUUAAUGAAAGGCAGUGCAACAAAUAAUACCGUGUUUAUAGUUAAAUAUUUAUUUUAUUUUUUUUUUUGACAUUACGUUAAAGGGAAUGAAAUUGUUUUAUUUUAAGAUAAUGAGAAUUGCAUGUCACAAUGCAGAACAUUAAAUGGUCCUUAAAAUAAGAUGCAUUUAUUUUAGCUAAAAGAACUCCUUUCAUUGGUUUUUGGAUUGAAAUAUAAUCUAGACAUGUUCUUGACCAGUUUUGUGAGAUUCCCCCAUCCGGCUUAUUAAACCGGCACACAAACUUUACUGUACAUAACACACGAGUUUAUGGGAAGUGAGUGUUAUGCAGGCACUGUGUGCUUAUAGAUAUGACCGGCACGCUGUUUGAGUGCAUAUUAUUAUUUAAUAUUAAGCAACUGUCUUCAGCUCUUGGUCUGGUAACCAUUUAAACACAGGCUAGCGUUCAUGUCACUCUUAUUUUAAAACUAACUAGACCUUUUCAAGUGUACCAUAGUGUGACAGGAGAAACUUUAUUAAUCAUGAAGCCUUGUCGGUUGAAUCCAAGUCACAUUCCUAGUCCAUCAGUUCUUGUUUAGCACUUUUAUAUGACGUUUGAACUUGAUGAUCCCUUGUGAUUACCAAAACGUGUUGACUGUCCUCACUCACGGGCCGUCCCACAAGCACUACGACCUAGUUUUAGAUGACAAAUCCCGUUCGGUUGAAGUUCUGUUCCUGUGGAGAACAGCACACGCUGUUGCUGCAGUAUUGACUGGUGUUUGUGGAGAACCGUUGAAGUCGGUAGAUCUAGAUUGUGUAACGUGUUGAUUUGGGACCCAGUGGGAGACACAAGUGCAUUUCAUCGAAAACUGGUUACUUAAUGGGAUUUGUGCUGUUGUAUCGUUUUAGGGGUUUUCCGUUAUCUUGUUCAUUUUCGUUUCGCUGUUUUGUGCAAUUACUUGAUGUGUUGCUUUACACUCGGAAUCAAGACUGUCUGAAAUGGAACUGAUCUUCUUGUUACCCAUUAGAAUAAUCAAAUGCAGAGGGGAAAAUAUAUUAGAUAUAAGUUUACAUUUGAAGGGAACAUCCAAAGUGUUAUUUCCAAAGGACUCUAAAAACCUUUAACACAGCAGUUUAGUGCGGUUAGACUUGAUUUGUUUCAGGGAAGCCGUCGUAAGCCAUCAGCCACAAAAUGGCUAAGUAAUAUUUCACUGCACAAUUCAAAAAAAAAAGAAGAAAAAUAGCU